GCUUUGUGCCUUGGGCAAGGGGCAGCUUACUCCUGGAAGAGGACUGACUCAAGGACCCCAGAACCCCAAGAAACAGGGAAUCUUCCACAUUCAUGAAGCAUGUUCACCUAUACAUGUGAAUCAUGUUCGAGAUAAGUUGCGGGAGAUAGUAGGAGCAUCCACAAACUGGAGAGACCAUGUGAAGGCAAUGGAAGAAAGGAAGUUACUUCAUAGUUUCUUGGCUAAAUCACAGGAUGAACUGCCUCCUAGGAGAAUGAAGGACAGUUACAUUGAAGUUCUCUUGCCUUUGGGCAGUGAGCCUGAAUUACGAGAGAAAUAUUUGACUGUUCAAAACACCGUAAGAUUUGGCAGGAUUCUUGAGGAUCUUGACAGCUUGGGAGUUCUUACUUGUUACAUGCACAACAAAAUCCAUUCAGCCAAGAUGUCUCCUUUAUCGAUAGUUACAGCCCUGGUGGAUAAGAUUGAUAUGUGUAAGAAGAGCUUGAGCCCAGAACAGGACAUUAAGUUCAGUGGCCAUGUUAGCUGGGUCGGAAAGACAUCCAUGGAAGUGAAGAUGCAAAUGUUCCAGGUAAAUAUGCGCCUGAAGAUCGUCCACUGUUUACAUAAAACCAGCUAGUCUCCAUGCAGGAAAAGCUUAUUCACCUAUGUACAGGUAUGUCACUUACUGCUUCUAGAAAAACAGUUGAAAGCUCAUGUCAUACGGAUGGUGGGUUAUUAAUAUCCUCCUUGUGGACAAAGCCUGAAGUACUAUUUGGUGUUUAUGUUUAAUAUUUAUUACUUUCUAAUCAUAUACAGCUCCACGUUAAGGUGUUUAUUUCUGGUUCGGCCCAGGAGAGUUUCACAGAAGUCUGUGUUAUGGUAGGAGUGAAUGGAAUUGAUUACUGUAUUCAUUUCCCAGGAUUGCUGUACAGUUGGCCCUCUGUGUCUGUAGGUUUCACGUCCACAGAUUCAACCAACCAUGGAUUGAAAAUGUUUGGGAAAAAAAAAAGAA